UGUAGGCAAGUAGACACAUUUGGGCUAUUUGAACAAUUCCAAAGGCAGUUGGAGGAUAAUAGUGGAUUUUUUAUUUCUUUGUGACCUUGCCUUUUCGGCGUUAAUCCAAGAGGAUAGAUGCUAAUGAUGGAGAAUAACGGCAUGGACGCGCAUCAGGUUGGAAUCAAUCCUGAAUACGAGCCGGAGGGCCGGCCGCGGUCAUGCACUUGGCCGCUGCCGACGUGUCCGGAGGAUUUCCCUCGGGGAGUGGAUGAAGCAAAUCGAGGUCUGCCCCUGGCAUCUGUCAAACUGGAGCAGCUUCAGUACAACGUGCCGGCAUGCCGCGGUGGAGCAGCCGACGGAAGAGGUGGCGCACCCGCGGAGCUCAAACAUCCAGCCGGCGCCCCGGUCCCCAUCGCAGCCGGCGCUCCUACAUGCAUGUCUGGGGCUGCCCUCGACGUGGCCGGUCAGCUGCGCAAAGCCAAGUCGUCCCGGAGGAACGCGUGGGGAAACCAGUCGUACGCGGACCUCAUCACGCGUGCCAUUGAGAGUGCCCCUGAGAAGAGACUCACUCUGUCGCAGGUUUACGAUUGGAUGGUGCGCUUUGUCCCUUAUUUCAAGGAUAAAGGCGACAGCAAUAGUUCAGCUGGAUGGAAGAACUCCAUCCGCCACAACCUGUCCCUCCACACUCGGUUCAUCCGUGUCCAGAAUGAGGGGACAGGGAAGAGUUCCUGGUGGAUGCUGAACCCAGAGGGGGGGAAGAUGGGUAAGGGACCCCGGCGACGCGCCGCCUCCAUUGACUGCCCCAACGGCACCAAGAUCCUGAAGAGUAAAGGACGAGCCAGGGGGAAGAGGGCUGGAGCUGGAGCUGGGAGUGGAGCUGUUGGUCGGGGCAGGCGGCAGGGUUAUGGUCUGGGUCAGGGGGCUCGGCCAGGGAUGCAUCAGGGGUCUCCGGAGCAUGGUAGUCCUGCAGGGAAGGGCGGAGUAGGGGUGGGAGGAGAGGAGUACGAUGCCUGGACGGAUCUCCACUCCCGGACCUCCUCCUCAGCUUCGACGCUCAGCGGCUGCCUGUCUCCCAUCCUGGCCGAGGCUGAGCCAGAUGAGCCAGAGGAGGGAGGCCUGUCCUGCUCCACUUCCCCACGUCUCUAUCCCAGCCCUACUUCCACUCGCUCCCCUGCCCUGGGCACUGGGGGGCACUGCCCUGGCACCUCAAUGGAGCUACCCCAACUCACUGACCUGACUGGGGCUAUCAGCCUGGACGAGGGCUACCCCCACCCCCAGAACCACCCUCCGACCCAGCCUCGUAAUGGCUACCCCAGCCCCUACGGCUCCAGCCCCAAGGGGGAAGGCUCCUACUGCGGCCCCGUCUAUGGGCAGCCAUCCCUGGGCAUGCUGCGGCUCCACGCCCCCAUGCCCAUGCAGACCAUCCAGGAGAACAAGCCAGCCAGCUUCCAGCGCCCCCUGAGGGCCUACUCAGAGAACAAUGCCCUGCAGAGCCUGCUGACCGGAGGGCCUGGAGGUCCUCAGUACUGCAGUAAGGACAUGGUCACACUGGGAGGGGAAGGAGGGGAGUCACACACGCUCCUGACCCAGGUAACCAAUCAGAGUCGCAGCAGCCACAAUCAUAGCCAUAGCAACCAUAAUCAUAAUAACCAUGAGCACAGACACAAUCCAGGCCCACACAAUGGUCACGGCUCAGUUCAUGACCAGAACCCCAGCGGUCAUCAUCAGAAUGGUCACCACAAUCACGGUCACCCCAACCUGGACUACAACCAUAGCCACAAACAUCACCUCAGCCCGGGAACUGACUACAACCAGAGUCACAACCACAAACUGAACCCAAGCCAUGACCACACUCCCCGGUCCAAUCAGGGUCACCACCAUGGUCACCUCCAGGGGAGACCUAGACCUCCAGCCGUCCAGGCUCUUUCUCCCAGAGUCAACACAGAUAUCCUGCAGCCCUACAGCCUCAAAACCCCCACCCCAACCCCUAGCCACUAUGGCCCCCUUGCCCCCCAUCUCCCCACCACCAAUCCCCCGUCCCUGCCCCCCAACCCCGCCUCUGUUCUUGACAUACCCCAGGACCCCUGCCUCCGCCUGGCCUCCGCCCCGGCCCCUCACCCCCACCCCCGCCACCAGCCCUACCCCGGUACCACCUACCACCAGGGUAUAACUAUGACCGACUCCUGGCAUGGCUACUACCAUCACACCCUCCACCCCUCCCAGAACUACCAGGGACACCCCCACCACAGCACUCACCAACCCAACCGCAUGGCUCCAGACCUGGAUGUAAACGUAGAUGUUCUCCCCAGCAGCCUAGACUGUGACGUGGAGUCCAUCCUCCUCAAUGACUUUAUGGACACAGAGGGGAUGGGGAUGGACUUCAACUUUGACGGCUCCCUGUCUCAAGGAGUGGGCAUGGGCAUGAGCAUAGCGGCUUUCGCCGGAGCGCCCCAGGGACAUCACAGUCAGAACUGGGUGCCUGGGUGAAGGGGAUUGGUCGGGGAAGCCCAAGGGCCAAUCAGGACACAGCAGAAAGGCUUUCACCCACAAGGCUGAGCUGCAGGGGUCAGAGGUCAGGGAUCAGGGUCAGAACGUACCCUUGGACUGACUGUCUGAUUGACUGUGAUGCUUAAUGCUACAAGACAAAAGAACUGAAUAUGUAUUGUCAUGUUGUUUCCUGAGGGUCCCUUACAAUCUCUAUUCUCUCAUUCUCUCUCUUCCUCUCUCUCUUUGUUCAUUCUUUCCUUUCUCUAUUCCUCUCUCUGUGUUCUCUCUCUCAUUCCCUCUGCACUCGUUCUCUCUACUCCCUCUCCCCCUCUAUCUGUGUGUCCCUCCUUUCUCUCCUGUGAUGGAGUAGCACCACAGCCCCCUCCCAGCUCUGUGUUAUACCCCUUGUUCAUGUCCUUCAGUUGGUCUGCUAUACUGUAUCACGCACUUUACAUCCAUCGCUUUCAAAACAGAUGCAGUAUAACAAAGACCGGGGGAGAAGUCAUAGUUUGUGUUGGCUUAAGUUGAAUUCAUGCAAACCACUUUAUUAUCCAUCUCUUGUUAUAAAAAAGAGAGAGGCGGUAUCUUACUUGAGAACAGGAUCAAACAACUGCAUAAAUAAAUAGGUUCAGCGGGUUGAGAUGAUUGUUUUUCAUAUG